CAAAAAUGCUACGAAGCUUGUAGAGACCAAAGGUAAUGCUUCACUAAAUUGCAAUAUCCAUGCUGUCAAAUCCAACAAAAGUAAGAGUGUUCCAAUGAAUGAUCAACGUCAAACUAAAUUAUUCAAACCGUCUUCGAAGUGCUGGUUUUGUGGAUCUUGGCAUUUCGCGAGAUUUUGCCGUUAUAAACGUCAUAAGUGCAACAUUUUCUAUAAAGUUGGUCAUAAAGAAACAGUCUGCCGACAACAGAAUUAUUUGAAAUCUGGACGACGCAUAAAGUUUCCCCGGAAUCAUAAGAGUUCCAUACGUAGUAUAUAUUCGACAUUCACGUGUAAUCUUGCUGACAAAAGAAGAUAUGUAGAUCUAUUAGUUAAUGAUGUUCAGAUUCGUUUGCAGUUGGAUACAGCAUCUGAUAUCACACUUAUUUCUAAGAAAACUUUGGAAUUGAUGGGUUGCCCCCCAUUACUACCUACUGAACAUACAGCGCGUAAUGCAUCUGGAGAUAUUCUAAAACUCGUUGGGAUGAUAAAUUGUGCUGUUAAAUUCGGAGUACAUUCUUUUACUGGAACUUGUUAUUUAACAAACAGACAUGAUUUAGAUCUUAUUGGUAUUGAUUGGAUUGACAAAUUAAAUCUUUGGAAGGUGCCACUAGACGCAGUGUGUACAUUGAAAGAUCCACAUAUUCCUAAAAAUCUACCUGUAUUAAAUGUUACAUCAAACAACAACGUCUUGACUACAGCUCAUCUUUUUGAAAAGCAUUCGAAUGUAUUUCAAGAUAUUUUGGGAUGUUGCAAUAUUGGUAAAGCCAAAUUAUAUUUACGUCAAGGAGCUACACCAGUUUUUCGUCCAAAACGGCAGGUACCCUACGCCUCUAUCGAUAGA